AUGGCAUCAAAUCAACAAACCAGCUUUGAAAGGUCUCUGGACCUUUUUCGCCGAGAGCUUUCUGACGAUCAGAUCAAGCAGAUGGACGGAGUCAGUCAGAAAACUCUGGACGACACGAUCCAGGCAACUCAGAACAUACUGGGGCGCAGGAAUGACCUUUGCAAAUUGACCCGAAUCCAGAGAUUUCUCCACGCUAUGGAACAUGUUGAGAAGCUUGUCACAAUAUUCCUCAACGCUAGUGAUUUCGUGGCUUUUAUCUGGGGUCCGAUCAAGCUGGCGCUUAUGGUCGCCACAACUUGGACAGACGCUGUCAGGCAGCUGAUUGACGCGUACGAAGAAAUCGCUGAAGCCCUAGGUAAUCUCGCCUUCUUCCAUAAUCUUAUUCAGAGUAGAGAUCACCUGAAACUGGUUCUCGAGGAUUAUUUCUCAGAUAUUCUUCGCUUCCAUCGAUGCGUUCUUGAUGUUUUUUCUCGUCCAGAAUGGAAAAGAGUUUUUAAAUGGGCGUGGGGAAGCUUUCGACGCGAAGUCAAGCCAAUUCUCGAAAGUCUCAAACGGAAACAGGCAUUGUUAUCAGACGACAAGCUGCAAUCCCACGCUAUCCUGAAGGAGGUCCAAGACUCCGAUCAUUAUUCCAAAGACCAGUUCAGUAAACUGCAUACCAGUCUCGAAGAUAUCAGGUCUACCUUGGCUUCUGAGCAUUUACAAAGCAAAACAAUACAAGCCCAGGAGAUGAAGACCUACUUAGAAAGUCGACUGGAUGUUUCAAAAUCUCGGAGUGAUCUUCAACUGGAAACAAGGGAUCCUAUAGUUGAGAAUUCUGGCAAUUGGAUAUUCUCUAAUCCGAUCUUUAAAUGCUGGGAAGUGGGAAAGUCUGCAGAGAAUAAGAUUUUGUUCCUUAAUGGCUCCCCUGGCUCUGGAAAGUCUACCUUAGCAAAGACAAUCAUUUGUCAUGAAAAACGGAAACAAGCCUCUGAGUCUUCUGGGCGGAGCUUCCUAGCUUAUUUCUUUUUCAAGCACGAUGCAGCGGACCGGAGAACGGCUCGAUCCAUGCUUCAACAUCUCAUCAUGCAGCUCGUUAAUGCAGACGAAACUAUAAUGGGAUUGGCCUACGAGAGAUUAUCGACCAUGGAAUCCACUGAGCUUGCCGAUCUGAAGAAACUUGCAAGUGACUGCUUUACGUCUCGGCCAAUGGCAACACUCGUUCUUGAUGGACUAGACGAGGCAAUAGACAGCGAGCAUGAGGUUUCUAUCGCUUGGUGUCUGAAUGAGCUAUUAUCAGUCGCGAAAGCACGCAGUUGUAACCUAAAGGUACUGAUUUGUGGACAGAGGGACGGACGACUUGAUGUGAUGUUAUCGUCUCAACCUCAGAUUCGACUCGACAUGGUAGAUGCCCACCAGCACGACAUCGAGCAUUUCACAAAAUUGAAAGUUGCGGAAUUACACGCUAGGUUCCCAUUAACACAACAGGAAGAGGAAGCCUUGGUUUCUAAGAUAUCGAGCGCGUCUCAAGGCAUGUUUUUAUAUGCGCGAGUUGUGCUCGACCACCUCGCGGAGAUGGACUCAAUACAAGAAUUUGAAGACGAAUUAGAAGAAGAUACGUUCCCAGAAGACUUGGAUCGAGCUUAUGAUCGUAUUGCUCAGCGUAUAAUGAAGAAGCAGGGAUCUUCACGCCAUAAGACUGUGAAGAAAAUCUUGGGCUGGGUCAUUUGUGCGACUAGGCCCCUUCGAUGGCGCGAAAUACAGUCUAGAUUCUGUAUCGAUGCAGAUAAAGAGAUUUGUAAUAUAAAAAACCUACGCCGAGACAGCUGUAAGAGUAUAUGCAGCUCUCUCGUUGACGUAACAAAUUGCGAUAUGUUUCCCAAUAUUGGAUCUGAGCAGUUCGUCAGCAUGGUUCAUGAAACAGCAACCAAAUAUCUUGUUCGCAAUGGUACGGUUAACCUGUUGCAGGAGCAUAUCGACAUGGCGCUUUUUUGUUGUCGGUACCUAUCAUCUCGGCCUUUUACUACAGGCAAGAGCCAAAACAUCAGUGCCGAUAUCCAUUCAGGAUACUUCGGAUUCUUGGAUUAUGCUGCUGCUCAUUAUGCUGUCCACAUACACGAGGUUGAGUCUUCAGAGGUUUCGACAGACGCAGCACCCAAACUGGAGGCUGUCAAAGCAGUAGCAGUUGAUUUGGCAAAGGCCAAUUACAGACACUCUUCAGUUCAGACAGAAGAGGGUGAUAAGGCAGCUCAAGAUCUGAACUUAGCCAUUCAAGAUAAUGUCCUUGUUGUACGAACCUUGAUAGGCUUGCAACGAGAGAAGUCUGAAACUCCUAUUUUCGACGCGACUGAGGGGCCAUUCAGGCACAAGUGUCACAAGAUACAAUGUUCGAAGUUUGCCAUGGGAUGCUCUAACGAAGCUGCACUCAAGAAGCACCUAGCAGUACAUGAGAGACCAUUCAGAUGCCCUCAUUCUGAUUGCUUUGCGCAUACAAUGGGCUACGCUUCACCAAAGCGACUAGAAAGCCAUAAUGAGGUCUUUCACCAGAGCGUAUUCAGAGCCAAAGCUGUCUUUCCUGCUGAACUUGAGACUGGCGAAUGGAACCUUUACGAAGCUUGUAAAGCUGGUAACCUCGCUGAAGUUAAGAGAUUCCAUCGUGAGGGAGCUGAUCUCAAGCAUUAUCGCCCAAAGAUUGACUCGCCGCUGUGUGCAGCUGUCGAGGCUGGACAUGGUAAUAUCUGCAAGUACCUCGUCGAUAACGGAGUUGAUCCUUUCCGUGUGGGAUCUAGGUGUAGUACAACGAGGACGCCAGUCGUUGCGGCGAUAUAUCGAGAGCGCCAGGAGAUCUUGGAAUUCUUCCUGCAUAGAAGCAAUGGCUUAAACAAUUCCAACUUGGCAAAAAGUAUUGCCCAGGCGAUACACGCGGAUCGGCCAGCCGCAUUGAACAUGCUUCUGGCCACAAGACAGCCAAGAGACCAUGCGGACGUGAUCAAGCUGGUUCCAAGUGAAAUAACAUCCCAGACCGACUUGAGAUUAGUCCGAAGAGACUCUCACUCAAUAGACGCCACGCUAAUACAUGCCUGGUUCCAAUAUGUCAAGCCAGAGUUUUACAAUGAGAAAGGGGUUUUCAUUGCACAGUCCGACUGUGCGGAGUACAAGAUCUGGGGAGACAUAAUUUUUCGACAAGUCGAUUCCUUCCACAGGGCGCUUCGUGGAAGAUGCUUCUCUCUCGCCAAUUUCUUAAUGGAUAUCGGGAAUGACGAAUAUCUCCAAAUUAAAAUUGAGGAUAGCAAUACGCCAUUACAUUGCUGCUUAAGAGGACUAUGCCGAGGAGGUUGCAGCAGCUGUAUGUCUAUGCUUCGACGCCUUCUUCAGUACGGCAGUGGCAAAUUCGCCAAUAUUACGGACGGUGAUGGUAGACUACCGGCACAUGUAGCAGUGUCUUAUUGGGGUCCCUCGCAAGCUGUUAUUCGAGCUGUUCUUGACAGUACCGAAGAUAUCAACCACAAGAGCAAUUCGGGGCAAAGUCCAUUACAUGAGGCAUCAUCUAGGAACAAGAUUAGCGUGCUGUUGGAGAAUAAGUCUGUUGAUCUCUUCAGUCGAAACAACAGAGGACAAACCGCAUUUUCAGCAUUAUGCAAUGGCGGUUACUUUGUUAAUAUAGAGGUUCUCGGGUAUCUCUUUGAAGCAGACCCAAGACUUGCAUGGACACCAGACAAAUCCGAAGAUGGACUCACGCCAUUCCAUCAUGCAAUGCAAAGUCAUUACCUUCACCCGUACAAUUCACAGAGACCAAACAGAGCAGCCAAGUUCUUACUUACAUGUUUCGAAGUGAAACGAGUCCUGGUGGAAUUUCAAGCCAAGUCAACUGAUGCCGAUCGGAGAAAGGUGCGAGACUUUGCAGGGAAGGAAAACUUACGAGAAGCACUGGAUAUCAUGGAUUCAAUUAGAUUUAGCCCGAUCUGA